AUGGACAGGAGGAGACUCUUUGGUCAUCAAAUGUUACAACCAGUUGCUAAUUCAAGUGCACAGCUUUUGGACUCUGGAGACCUUGUCUUGCGGGAUAAUGCAUCUACAACAAGCAAGUGGAGGAGUUUUAAACAACCUUCUAAUGCGUUCGUGCCUAUCAUGAAACUCGGUGUUGAUGUAAGAACAGGUGAGAAAGUGCAACUGACAUCCUGGAAAAGCCCUUCUGAUCCAUCUGAUGGUAACUUCUUAACUGGUAUCAAUCCUCUCAACAUUCCUGAAGCCUUCAUUUGGAAUAGCACUCAGCCGUAUUGGCGGAGUGGUCCAUGGAAUGGUCUGACCUUUAUUGGAGUACCAAGAAUGUCUUCUAUUUAUCUAGAUGGAUUUAAUCUUGUAGAUGACCAAGUAACAUCUUAUCUUAUUUAUGCUUUUGCCAAUGCGUCUUAUUUAUCAUACUUUGCAUUGGAUUCUCAAGGGAAAUUAAUGGAACUAUAUUGGGAUGAUGGGAAGGGGAAGUGGGACGUAGAAUGGUCUAGUUUAGAAACUGAUUGUGAUGUUUAUGGCAAGUGUGGAGCAUUUGGAAGCUGUGAUUCACAGAAACCAUCAAUUUGCAGUUGUUUGAGAGGGUUUGAGCCCAAGAUUAAAGAGGAAUGGGACAGCAAGAAUUGGACUAGUGGAUGUGUUAGGAGUACACCAUUACAGUGUGAAAAAGUAAACAAUGGCAGUGAAGAAGGCAAAAUAGAUGGAUUUCUGAAGCUACAGAUGAUGAAAGUACCAGCCUUUGCAGAGCGGUCAUCUGUCCUUGAAGAUAAAUGCGGAGAUCAGUGCUUGAAUAAUUGUUCCUGUAUGGCUUAUGCAUAUGAUGCGGGCAUUGGCUGCAUGUUAUGGAGCGGAAAUUUAAUUGACAUACAGCAAUUCUCCACUGGGGGAAUAGAUCUUUACAUUCGUGUGGCAUCCUCUGAACUUGGUAAAUUGUAUAAAACGAAACACAAUAGUAUAGUCAUUAUUGUAAUACCAGUGAUCCUGGGAAUAAUCAUCAUUACCAUCUCUACGUUUUUCUUUUGGAGGUGGAUGGCUAAACAAAGAGCAAAGAAAAAAAAAAGCAAAGAAAUGCUGCUAGUCCAUGGAGAAAAAGCAUACAAAAAAUUUUCUAGUAGCGUUGAAGACAAGUUUGAUGAAGUUAAACUCCAGCAACUACCACUACUCAAAUUUGGGGAACUAGCAACUGCAACAAGUAGUUUUCAUCUUACCAAAAAGUUGGGACAGGGUGGUUUCGGUCCAGUAUACAGGGGAAUAUUACAAGACGGAAAGGAAGUAGCAGUGAAGAGAUUGUCAAGAGCGUCAGGCCAAGGGUUAGAAGAGUUUAUGAAUGAGGUGAUGCUGAUUUCUAAGCUCCAACAUCGAAAUCUUGUUAGAUUACUGGGCUGUUGUGUUGAAGGAGAAGAGAAGAUGCUGUAUCAUGAAAAUGGAAAAUGGGAAAGAAAGAAAGAAAGAACAGAGGAGUUACAGCAGAAAACACACUGCAUUCAUUCAUUUUUCUGCUCUAUAUACAAAAUACAUCAGGUGCAGAAUCCAGUCCAGAAAGGAAUUCUAAAUUGGAGAAAACGCUUCAACAUUAUUGAAGGAAUUAGUCGAGGUCUCCUUUAUCUUCAUAGAGAUUCUAGAUUGAAGAUUAUUCAUAGAGAUCUAAAGGCUAGUAACAUCUUAUUAGAUAAAGAGCUAAAUCCAAAAAUCUCGGAUUUUGGGAUGGCUAGGAUUUUUGGAGGAGAUAAAAAUCAAGCCAAAACUACAAGGGUUGUAGGAACCUACGGAUACAUGUCGCCUGAAUAUGCAAUGCAAGGGAGAUUUUCAGAAAAAUCUGAUGUGUUCAGCUAUGGAGUCUUGCUAUUGGAGAUAGUCAGUGGGAGAAAAAACACAGGCUUUUAUGACCAUGAACAUUCUAUUAGCCUUUUGGGAUAUGUAUGGAAGUUAUGGAAUGAAGACAACGUUUUGGCCUUAAUAGACCCAGUGCUUUCUGAUCCAUGCAAUCGGAGUGAAAUUUUGAGAUGCAUACAUGUGGGAUUGUUGUGCGUGCAAGAAUUUGCAGAAGAUAGACCAACUGUAUCUACUGUUAUUUCGAUGCUUAAUAGUGAAAUUGUUGAUCUUCCAACUCCGAAACAGCCUGCUUUCACCGCACGACCGAUUGCAUCAGAAGCAAUAUCCCCUCAAAGCGAUCCAAACCAAUGUUCUAUUAACAAGUUUCAUAAUUCGGCUAUUAAUACCUUUAUAGCUUUCAGGCCGAUCGAAUCACUGCAGAGAGCAUGUAGGCAAGCUUUCUAUAAGUACUAUUAUAUGGGUGACUUUUUUUUACCUUUUCCCCUUGCUUUGGCCUUUGGCAUCAUAUUGUUGGAGAUGACAUACUCUAACUUAACAAGGACUUUGAUUAGGCCCGGUGGGGCUCAUUUGUGUCCAGCAGAGGCCAGACGAUAUGCCAGUGAUGUAAACUGCGCUACUGAUGUGGGAUUGUCAUUACCUCAGCCUGGAAGACCUGUGUUUUAUGCAAAAGUGUCUUUCAGUGACAGAUGCAUCAUCUGUUGGGAAACUAAUUUCGAAUCAGGUCUAAACUGCUCCAGCAAAUUAAUAGGGCUUUCUUCCAAACUCCCAAAUUAUACUGAACCAAUCAUGAAUCCUGUUAAAUGGCUUGUCAGAACGUUGCUUCUUUUCUUUCUUUCUCACCUUUCCAUUUCUACUGACACCAUUACCAUAGAUCAUUUCAUCAAAGAUGGUGAUGUCAUAGUCUCUACUGGCAACAUUUUUGCAUUCGGAUUUUUCAGCCCUGGCAGUUCCAUGAAUCGAUAUGUUGGCAUCUGGUAUAAUCAGGUUCCAGAGAAGACAGUUGUUUGGGUGGCCAACAGAGAAAAUCCGAUAAAUGAUUCCUCAGGAAUCCUUUCAAUAGACAGUCGAGGAAAUCUUGCCCUGUUCAAGAGAAACCAAACACUUCCUGUCUGGUCUACAAACGUCUCCGUCACAGGCACCGGGAUUUCUAUUGCUCAACUUUUAGAUUCAGGAAAUCUUGUUUUGCUUCAGAAUGAUACCAAAAGGGCGGUGCUAUGGCAGAGUUUUGAUUAUCCCACAAAUACUUUGCUUCCGUAUAUGAAACUUGGGUUGAAUUUCAGAACUGGUCUGAGCCGUGUCCUGACGUCUUGGAAGUCUUCCGACGAUCCAGGAAUUGGCAGCUGUUGCUAUAGGGUCGACCCGAGUGGGUUUCCUCAAUUUUAUCUGUACAAGGGCACGGCUCCUUUGUGGCGAGCCGGGACAUGGACUGGGCAAAGAUGGAGUGGUGUACCAACUAUGACAAGGCAACAUAUGAUUAAUUUUACUUUUGUCAACACUGCUGAUGAAGUGUCAUUCACGUUUGGGAUAACUAAUGCCUCUAUCAUCACGAGAACGAUGACGAACGAAACAGGAAUUCAACAAAGAUUUUUGUGGAAUAAUCAAGAGCAUCAUUGGAUUGAGUUAUGGUCGGCCCCAAAGGAGCGGUGUGAUUCUUACGGACAUUGCGGGCCGAAUGGUUACUGUAACCCAGAUCACUCAGAUGCUUUCGAGUGCACAUGUUUCCCGGGUUUCGAACCGAAGUCACCCCAAGGAUGGUACAUUAAAGAUGCGACAGGAGGAUGCGUGAGGAAACAUGGUGUCUCCACGUGUCGAAAUGGAGAAGGAUUCGUGAAGAUGGCACAUGUGAAGGUGCCCGACACUUCGGCGGCUCGUGCAGACAUGAGUUUGGGAUUGAAAGAAUGCAAGGAAAAGUGCUGGAAGGAUUGUUCUUGUGUGGCUUUUUCUAGCGCAUACUCUGAGAGCAAGGGAGGGAUUGGCUGCUUGAAUUGGCACGGGAAUUUGGUGGAUGCAAGGACAUAUGCAGAUGCGGGACAAGAUCUAUACAUUCGGGUGGAUGCAGAUGAGUUGGCUCGCUACACAAAGAAAAGUCUGGUUCAAAAGAAGGGAGUGCUUGCGGCUCUCAUAGUUUCUGCUGCUGUAGUGUUUCUCAUUGUUGUCGCCUUUUUACAUUGGUUGGUGAGAAAGCAGAGAAGAGGAAAAAGAAGACAAAGCAAAAUUGCCUUGACCUUUACCACAAGUUCAUCGUUGUUCGAAGACUCUUUAGGUGGAAAGGAGAUUGAUGAGAGUAGAAGAAGUGCAGAUUUACCAUUCUUUGAUUUGAGCAUCAUAGCUGAAGCCACUAAUAAUUUCUCUUCUAAUAACAAACUUGGACAAGGUGGAUUCGGCCCUGUUUACAAAGGUGUGCUCUUCAAUGGAAAAGAAAUAGCAGUGAAAAGACUAUCAAAGUACUCAGGGCAGGGAGUAGAAGAGUUUAAGAAUGAAAUUGUGCUAAUCUCAAAACUUCAGCACAGGAAUCUUGUCAGGAUCCUAGGUUGUUGCAUUGAGGGUGAAGAGAAGAUGUUAAUCUAUGAAUAUUUACCAAAUAAAAGCUUGGAUUCUAUUAUCUUUGAUGAAUCAAAAAAAUUAUUGUUGGACUGGAGAAAACGUUUUGAAAUUAUUUGUGGGGUUGCUCGAGGAAUCUUAUAUCUUCAUCAAGAUUCAAGGUUAAGAAUCAUUCAUAGAGAUUUGAAGGCGAGCAAUGUCUUACUAGAUGCUUCAAUGAAUCCAAAAAUUUCAGAUUUUGGUAUGGCCAGAAUAUUCAGAGCAGACCAAAUUGAAGGAAAUACAAUUCGUGUAGUUGGAACAUAUGGUUACAUGUCGCCAGAGUAUGCAAUGCAAGGCCACUUUUCAAUGAAAUCUGAUGUAUAUAGCUUUGGAGUCCUGCUGUUAGAGAUUAUAACUGGCAGAAAGAACAGCAUUUAUUAUCCUGAUAGUCCCUCUUCAAAUCUGGUUGGUCAUGUUUGGGACUUAUGGAAAGAUGACAAAGCCAUGGAAGUAGUUGAUUCAGCAUUAGGUGAUUCAUAUCCUGCUGAUGAAUUACUGAAAUGCAUUCAAAUUGGGCUAUUGUGCGUGCAAGAACAUGCAACAGAUCGACCAAUGAUGUCCGAAGUCGUGUUUAUGUUGGCCAACGAAACGGCUCUACCGUCCCCGAAACAACCUGCAUUUAUAAUGAAGAAAGCCUGCAAAGGCAACGAGAUCUGGAAUAGUGAAGGAACUUGUUCUGUAAAUGAUGUAACGGUCACCAUGGUUCACGGCCGCUAGAUACGGUAAAUAGCAGUGCUUCAUUUUGCUAUCCCUGAACUUGAUUCCAAAGUUUGUAAGGCAAUCCCCCUCCAAUCAUACAUUGUAUUUCUACUGUCUAUGCUAUAAAAAACAAAAAGAUGCCCUGACACUGUCAAAUAUGUAUUUUUGGCCUUCAUUUUGGAACCCUCCCCCAAAUUUGUACAACUGCCCACGCUGUUGUUUUAUUUGUCCUUUUCAUUCUCAGCAAAAGACAUCCUUGGCAACAACAAUUUAGGAUCCAAUCCUGUCUUAAUUACUUACUCGAAAUAUAUCUCAAAACAGACGUUGAUGGGCAAUUAUGGACAAUCUUA